AUGAAAUCCCGCAAUUACAGGUCACACUACCAGGGGGUUUUCCCGCUGAAGUGCAACCACGACCUCCUCAUCAUCGAUGACGUCCUGCGGUCAGGCUGUGGGUUCAAUUUCGGACUCCAGGUCGAGUCCAAGCAGGAGCUAUUUCUCGCCAUGCACGGUCUCAUCCGGGGUAGCUCCGAGGCCUAUCUUAUAUGCAAUGGCUACAAGGAUAAGGACUACAUCAGCCUUGCCUCAGUAGCCAGUGCUAUGGGCUUCAAAACCUAUCUAGUCCUGGAAAAAGAAGAGGAGGUGGAGUUGGCACUCGAUACCUGGCCGGAGUUCAAUAUCCGGCCGAUGAUCGGACUCCAGGGUAAGCUCUGCACAUCGCACACAGGGUGCUUUGGAUCCACCAUCGGCUUGACGAGGGACCAGAUAAGAGGUGCAGUAAGGAAGCUAAAGGAGCACGAUAUGAUGGAUCGCCUCCGACUCCUCCGCUUGGACAUCGGCUCUCAAACGCCAUCCUCUGCCACAGUAUUCGACGCCGUGGCCGAGGCCACAGAGACCUAUUGCGAACUGGCCAAACUCGGUGCUCGCAUGCAAGCGAUUGACGUAGGCGGCGACUUCUGCUUGGGCAACGAUGGCUGCCUGUCCGGUGAUCGUGAGACCAAGAUGUCGGUUGUUGACGACCUUGACGAGUAUGCAUCCGUCGUUGUUGGAGCAGCACAGAAACUGUGUGACAAGUGGGGUGUGCCACAACCCGUCAUCUGCAGCGAGAAUGGGCGUUUCAUACUGUCCCACCACUCGGUCCUUGUCUUCGAGCCCAUAUCAUCCACGGCCACCGUCAAGCCGACUACCAUUGUCGAUCCUGUCAGGCCUAGCAACGUGAAACUCUCUGCGAUUUCGCAGACACCCGGCGUCUCUGCAAAGCGUCCGUAUCCUGUUAUCCCGUUACACUGUCUUGACCAACAGCCGCAGGUGGAAGGGGCGCAACUGGACCCGACCGGCGGGAGCAGGGGGGUUCCACUCCACGAGCACAAACAGGAUGGAGGGCGGAAUUAUAUGGGGAUGUUUCUGAUAGAUGGAGAGGCACUCCAGCGUGUGCAAAACAUCUUCGGCGAGCUCAGCUCCAUACGGGUGGAGCUGAGUGACGAAGUACGCCGCUACAAGGUGACGCAUGCAGUGCAAGCAGCUUCGUGUGAGGAAAUAGCUCAGGAGAGGAAGCAAGACCCGCGCUUAUUGCUUGAGGCUCUCAAGCAGCAGGUAAGCAAAAAUGACUUGCCGCACUGGACGGUCACCGUGCUGGAGAGAGUGUUCAGGUCGAGCUUUCCUGGUGGCCGCUGA